AUGGAGAAAAGAAAAGAGGAGCUACAAGCUACAAUUGAGAAGCAGGACGAUCGUGUAAACCAUCUUCAAGCGAGUGCCUUCAACCUUGCAAACUACUACUUCGUCUUUCAAGGAAUUCUUUUGGGGGCUAUCGUCACUGCCACCACAACGCUGCGAUGCUCAGAUCGCUGGUUCCUUUUCAGCCUCUCUCUAAUUGCAGCCAUACUCAACUUGGUUUCAUUGCUUGUAAUCGGAGGCAAUUAUAAAAGAAGCGUCAUGCAGAGACACCAAACCAAGAUUGAGCGCAAUAAAUUGGAAAGUGAUCUGGCGAAGCUAGAAACUUCACCUUCAGAUCAUGGGCUCAAAAGUGACAUACUAUCAUACUGGACUUCAACGAAAAUAGAAGCUUCAGGGCAGGUUGCUUCUCAAGAUCUUGCAACUGUAGAAAUUAAGGAUGAACCGGAACAAAGGCAGAUCCGCAAGGGGGUUGUGCCGGUUGAUAAUCAACACAAACAGCUGCGUGAUUUCUACUUUCUACUAUGCAUGGCUCUGUUUGUAUGCUUUUCCGUCAUCGUGAUUGUGGGUUGCUGGACCAUUCCUUGCAAGAAAGCUCUUCAAUGCGUACCCCCCAUAUCCAGCAAUGACAACUGCAUUAGGGUUUGUGAAGGUGGCAAGUGUAUGAGCAUGUGCACCGAAUACUAG